AUGAGCAUCAUUGGCCCCGUGGAGGCCAUGCAGCGGCACCCCGUGAUGGUGUACGUGCACGGAGAGUCCUUCGAGUGGAACUCCGGCAACCCUUACGACGGCAGCGUCCUCGCCAGCUACGCCGACCUUGUCGUCGUCACGCUCAACUACCGCCUCGGCAUCCUGGGGUUCCUGAACGCGAACCUGGCGCCGCACCUAAAGGCGCGGGUGGCGAACUACGGCCUGAUGGACCAGAUCGCGGCGCUGCACUGGGUGCAGCAGAACAUCGCGCACUUUGGCGGCGACCCCUCCAACGUGACGCUGUUUGGCCACGGGACCGGAGCCGCCUGCAUCAACUUCCUCAUGACGUCGCCCACCGUAAUGCCAGGGCUAUUCCACCGGGCGGUGCUGCUGUCCGGGUCUGCGCUCAGUAGCUGGGCGCUCGUCGAGGACCCGGUCAGCUUCGCCGUGCGCCUGGCGCGUCAGACCAACUGCUCCGUGCCCGCCGACCUCUUCCGCGACCACGAGAGGGUCGUAGACUGCCUCAGGGAGGUGCCGCUGGAGGAACUGCUGCGCGCGGACGUGUCGCCGCCGGCCUACCUGAGCGCCUUCGGGCCCAGCGUCGACGGCGUCGUCAUUCGGUCCGACUUGCCCCGCGAGCUGCUGUCGCGGUUCGGGCCUGGAGACCCGAUGGCCCCCGGCGGGCCCGGCGGAGGGAACGUCAAGCGCAGUGGAGACGCCACGCUGGCCGCGAUGGGCAGUAGUUGGAGCGGAGCCACGAGGUACGACGUGCUGUUCGGCGUGGUGACGAGCGAGGCGCUGUGGAGGUUCUCCGCCGCCGACGUGACGGCGGGCUUCGAGGGCGAGCGCCGCGACAAGAUCCUGCGGACGUACGUGCGCAACGCGUACACGUACCACCUGUCGGAGAUCCUGGUGACGGUGGUGAACGAGUACACCGACUGGGAGCGCACCGUGCAGCACCCCAUCAACACGCGCGACGCCACCGUCGCGGCGCUGAGCGACGCGCAGUUCGUGGCGCCGCUCGUGCAGGCGGGAGACCUCAUCAGCUAUCGCAGCGUCGCCUCGCCCGGCCAGGCGGGCCAGAACAAGGCCUUCUUCUACGUCUUCGACUACCAGACCAAGGAUGGCGACUACCCGCAGAGGAUGGGCACGGUACACGGGGAGGAGCUGCCGUACAUUUUUGGGGCGCCGCUCGUCGACGGCUUCAACCACUUCCCGCGCAACUACACCAAGUCUGAGGUGGGCCUGUCGGAGGCCGUCAUCGUCUACCUCAGCAAUUUCGCCAGGACCGGGAAUCCGAACGAGCAUCAGAAGCAGGAGCCGGUUUUGGCGGGCUCCAAAGAGCGGAAUCGUUUCCGAAGCAUCGUCUGGGACGAGUACGACGCCGUGCAUCAGAAGUACCUGGAAAUCAGUAUGAAACCGCGCAUGAAGAACCACUUCCGCGCGCACCAGCUGUCGGUGUGGCUGCGUCUGAUCCCGGAGCUGCACCGCGCGGGCAUGGAGGACGUGGUGGCGCGCCACAACCUGUUCCGCAACCACAACGACGUCGACCUGUACGACGGACCCGUGCGCCCGGACCCUCUCAGUAGCAUUAUGAAGGCGGUCUUUCUCACGGGAAUGGUACCGAAUCUAACAUCUCUCAGAGGUACCUCACAACGCAUUUCGUCAUCUAUAUACAUCUUGCAUCUCCACUGUUCUGGGAACAGCUUCUUGGAGCCUAAUAUGAUGGCUAACUUGCAGGUGUCUGUCACGACGAUGGACACACUGAUGACGACGUGCGUGACAGUGGUGGGAGGCGGUGGUGGCGGCAGCUACCAGCAGCAGCAGCAAGCGACGCACCACCUGCAGCAGGGCAACUCGACCGGAGACACGCUGGCCAGCUUGGAAGCGGCCGGUUACGCCGCCUACUCGACCGCGCUCAGCGUCACCAUCGCCAUCGGCUGCUCGCUGCUCAUCCUCAACGUGCUCAUCUUCGCCGGCGUCUACUACCAGCGCGACAAGACGCGCCUGGAGGUGAAGUCGCUGCAGCAGCAGCAGCAACAGCAGCAGCAACAACAGCAGGCGCAGUCGCCGGGUGGCCAGCUGGGGCGCGUGCCGUCGGCGGGCAGCUUCGACACGUUGUCGGGGAAGCACCGCGCGCAGGGCCACUACCACGUCGGUCACUCGGGCAGCUCGAGCGUCGUGGUGGACGUGGAGCAGGACACGGCCGCCAUGAUGCUGGCGCAGAGCAUGCCGCUGGCCACGUCGCCGUCCCACCACACGCUCACCAAGCAGCACCUGUCGGCGCCCGCGCCCAACGUGCUGCCCAACUUGCUCAAGGCGCCGCCGCCCUCGCCCAACGGCGGCCAACAUAUCACGCAGAUGGGCAAUAACGUGGCGCCGCUGCCCACCGGCGAGUCGGUGUCGUCGGCGUCGCCGCCCAACGGGUCUGCGACGAUGCACCUGUCGGUGCCGCGGCCGCCGCCGCCCCCGCGCAGCAAGAGUCCGCCCGAGGCGCAGCCGCUGCUGGCGGCGCCGCACCACCACCCGCACCAGCACCACCCGCACCAGCACCACCCGCACCACCACCCG